AUGGAAACAACUUCUUUACUUUCCUCAGUACUUCCUAUUCAGCCAAUUCCCUUUAGCAAAUCAGAAUGUAAGAGUGUGAGAUUCUUGCAUGGGAGAGGAUCAAGUUUAGCCAUGGUUUUUGCUGCUAGAAGAGACUCGUACGAGCCUGCAGAUUAUAAUGGAGGAUGCUUGGUCGAUGAAAGUAUGAUCAUUUUGAGGAAACGCAUACAUGAGAUGAAGAUGAUUGAAAGGAACUACGAACCUCCAGAGGAUUGGAUGGAGUGGGAGAAGCAGUAUUACACAUGUUAUGAUGAAUAUAUUUGUACACUAGUGGGGUUAUUGCAAUCACAUUUGAUGAACACAAGGCCUAGCUUGGCUCUUGGGAUGCUUGCACUCAUCACGAUGAGUGUUCCGGUGUCGACGGUCAUGGUUGUGCAUCAUUUCAUGGAGGUGGCCAAUGGUGUCUUCUCUGCCAUUCAUCUUGGUUGA